AUGGCUGCAGCCAAGUCAGAUCAACAAAGAAAUGUGUAUCUACUGCAAGAAGACGAUUCAGACGUCAGCCCGGAUGAGGAAAACGGAGCGACAUCGGAAGAUUCCAAACCGGGUGCUCUGGAAACGGACUCUGACGUGUUGAAUAUGAUGGUUCAAUCCACUCCGGUUAGCAUUAAUCCAGUACAGAGAAAAACCGACGGUCUGCUAUUCAAAAAGUAUGAGAAGAUCUCGAAAAUCGGCGAGGGCGCUUACGGAGUUGUGUUCAAAUGUCGAGAUCACUCUACCGGUCGAUUGGUUGCCAUUAAACAAUUCACAGCCAGUGAGGAAGAUCCUGUGAUUCGAAAAAUUGCAAUGCGUGAAAUUCGAAUGCUCAAGCGCCUCAAACAUCCAAAUUUGGUUAAUCUUAUCGAAGUGUUUCGGAAGAAGAAGCGGUUGAAUUUGGUGCUUCAGUACAUCGAUAAUACUCUCUUGAACGAAAUGGAGCAGCGUCCCAGGAGAAUGGAUAAAACCAAAAUCAAGAAGAUUACAUGGCAAUUGUUAUUGGCGACGGACUUUUGUCAUCAGUCGAAUGUGAGUUCGAUCGAUACAUAA